AAAUACUUGUCGUUUUAUUUAGAUUAUAUCUAUCAAUAUGUUAUGGGCCUCGUCUAUGUAUUGACUAAUUUAAUAUUUCUCGCAUGUUACAUGUAACUCGACUAAUUAUCCUUAUGUCGUGACAGUUUGUAAGAUCAAUCAGUUCACAAUAAUUUUACUUUCAAAUAUAUUAAUCUUUCACAUGAACAGUUCAUCGAACUUAUAAUACAUUUCGUUGCCACUCGUCAAAUUGUAAUUUUAAACACAUUAGCCGAUCUAAAUCUUCGCCUAUAAAAAACCUUACCACUCUUUCCAUUUUCUCCACACAACAUCACAAGCUUGAUAAAGAGAGAUAACUUUCUAAGAGAAAACUCUUAAAACUUCACUCUUUCAUCAAUGGCUUACUCUAAGAUUGCUCUUCUCCUUGUUUUGAAUGUCAUCUUCUUCACUUUGGUCAGCUCUACAUCGGCCCCUUGUCCACCACCACCGUCCAAAAUCCCCAACAAGAAACCCCCACCGUCGUCUCCUUACAGCAAACCCACUUGUAAAGAUGCUCUUAAACUCAAGGUAUGUGCCAACGUGUUGAAUUUGGUUAAGGUUUCUCUACCGCAAAAGGCCGAAUGUUGCGCUCUUAUCAAAGGUCUAGUUAAUCUCGAUGCCGGGGUCUGUCUCUGCACCGCUUUGAAGGCUAAUGUCCUUGGCAUUAUUAAUCUUCGUGUUCCUAUUUCACUGAGUGUUCUCUUUAACCAGUGUGGUACGAAGGUUCCAUCUGGUUUCCAAUGUGCUUAGAGAUAGCACGUUUUUAAACCGAUUUUCUAAAUUAUCACUAAAACUACGUUUCUUGUUUCAAAAUUUCGUGUAAUGUCCAGUUUUCUUGUUUUAUUCUACUAUUAUCUAUUGUUUGUUAUUUGUUACAUGUUUUAUUAAUGAAAUAUGGUGUUUUCAUUCAAGAAA